AUCGCCAUUAAAGAAACACGGCAACAAUGAAUUUGGUGUUGCAAGAAUUUUUGACAAACCUUGAAUGACAUUUAUUUUGUUUAUUAUUUGUAUGGAUUUGCAUAUAAGUUGUUUAUUUACGCUUAAAUAUUUAUUCGCAAUGUAGAAUAAGUUGGAUAUGACCUCACGCUCACUGUAUCCGUAUCGAUCUUUUUGAUUUUAGAUAAUACCAUGCGUAUAAUUUACAUAUUUAAUCCAAGAUGUCAGAUGAGGAGGUAACUGUGGAGACCUCUGAUGGACAAAUCCUGUCUGCCGAGUACAAAGAUGGUCAACUCCAAAUAGUUGAGGUGACUCCGUUCGAGAAAGACCGGGUAAAUCUACAGGGUAGUAUACUGCCCGACCUGACAGAUGGUGAGGAGAAUGAAGCCAAGUACAUGCAGGUGUUGGACGCUAGCGGCAAGGGGCUCGUGCACUUGGAUCUGCUGAAUUUGACGCUGGUCAGAUGCCAAGAUGGCGAGGAAGGCUACCAGUUGGUUGCGAACGCGGCGCCCUCUGACGGGGAGAUGUCGUCGGACGCCACCGUCACAUGCGUGCUGCAGACUAGCGAUACUGAAGAUCCCGACAACCAAGACUCCUAUGUGAUGGUGGAAAACGAGGAUGGGCAGAACUCCCUAGUCAUACUCAAGUCUGCAUUACAACAGACUACUGCCAUACAGAAGAAAAUUGAAGAUAAGAAACCAUUGUCACCGACAGAGAUAUUGGAAAAGGCGAAGUCCCUACAAAAAGCUAAAGCGCUCCUAGCGUCCUCCCGCGGCCGAGGUCGUGGUCGCAAACGUAAGAGUGACCUCCCCCCGCCGCACGAGCUGCUCGCGUCCCCUAACUUCAAGCUGUAUCUGUACUCUUGCAAGCUGUGUAACUACAAAUGCAAUGCUGUUAAGGAUAUGUCGGCGCAUAAGCUAAUGAAACAUGUGCAGGAGAAACAUCUAGAGAAUCACACAGUACAUUUACACACGGAAGAGGUAGAAGCGGCUGAUGUGCUAGUGUGUGGCGCGUGCGGGUUCGAAUCCGGGUCGAGGUCUGUGUUCCGGAAACACAUAGAGGAAGAACAUGGUGCUACUACGUGUUGAAGAUACAUCUCAUCAUAUUAAGAGUUAAAAUCAUCGAAUGUCUUAGUCGAAGCUAGUUCCAAUGUUGUAUUAAAUUAGGUUGUUAUCUAGACUACCUAUUAGUGCCUAUCUUAGGUCCUAGGUAUGUAGGAGUAUUUCCUAAAUAUUUUGAAAAUAC